AUGACGGAGGAAGAUGUCAUCGCAUACCCCGUGCAGCCUUUCGACCACAAAUCCUAUCCGGUGAUCUCAGGAAAGACAAAGGCGAGAAGCAGGAAGAGGAGAAGUAGAACCUUCAGCAAAACCAGUGAGGACGUUAACAUUUUUAGAGCUGCUGAUGAUGAUCAUGCAGAGGAUCAGUGUCCACAAACUUCUAAGAGUGAUGCUGAUUUGAUAAAUGAUGGUUCAGAAGAGAAGUUCAGUGAGUUGAUAAGGCGUUUGAUAGCUCAGAAAGAAAACGAGGUAGAGAGCUGCAAUAACCUUGAGGUGAUUCUAAAGAAGAAUCAUUCCUAA